AUGGAAUUGACUGAUAAAGGCAUUGAAGUCUGGCUAUGGGAUGUCAUAUAUAGCUCAUGGAGCUUCCGAGCUGAAUUCUUGAUGAGGAAACUUGGUAUUCCAGCUACAUUCCAUGUAAUGGGAGGUGUCAUGAAUGAUGCUGAGAUUGCAGCUGCAAAGGAAAAGAGUCCAUCAGGAUUGUUUCCAUUUGCAAUCUUUCAUCUCAAGGAUGGUGACUUACCGGUGUGGGACUCGUUGGCAAUCUAUGAAACACUAAAUGAACUGUAUCCUGGCAAGAUCUGGCCAACAUCUUUCAAAGAUCGGGCCAAUGCACGCGCUGUUUGUGCAGAGUUUCAUGGAGGCUUUGGAAACGUCAGAAGCAAUUUAUCAUGCAAUAUUCGUGCCCGCUACCCCGUCCAGAAAUGGGACGAACCGACCCUCACGGAACUAAACCGCCUCUACCACAUCUUCGAAACCGCACGAUCGUCAUCGUCAAAACAUCCAAACGAUCAAGGAUGGCUGUAUGGCACAUUCUCUGGAGCAGAUGCUUUCUACUUUCCAGUUGUAACACGGCUCCGUACCUAUCGUGUUGAAAUCGAUGCGGACAAGUAUCCGAGGGCUGCUGAAUAUGUAAAGUUUAUGUAUGAGGAUUCCUUGGUUAAGGACUUUGUCGAGAGAGCCAGAAAGGAUGGGUUUCGUAGGCUGAAGUAUGAUGCUAUAUACAACGGGAUGAACGUUCCAUCAGAAAUUGAAGCUGCGGAUAGUGUUUCCCAAAUUGGACGAAAACAUGGUCCUGAACAAAAUGUUGGUAAUGAAAGAAUAGUGACUAAUGAGCUUGUGGAAACGGAUCGCCAGCAACAACAACAACAACCGAUAAGCUAUUUCUCUUUCACUGUCGCCGAAGGUAUAAUGGGAACAAGUAUCCCAUUCAUACUCGUAGGAAUCUCAACCAUAUUCCUGGUCAACCCAAUGUUUGGUCUAGUCUUUGCUGGAACCGGUGUGGUUUUGCUCGUAGUUGGAGUUGGCAUCUUCCAUUUCAAGCUAGCAUUCAAUGCAGUCUUGUUUGUUGCCCGUCGCGUGUACCGCAUGGUCACCCGUACAAACACUCGUGUACCGGUAAACCGAGGCAGUGCUCAUGAUUUUAGCAGUGAAGUGUAUGAGAAGGCUUUGAGAAAAGAAGGGGCUGAAAAGGCGAAAGAAUGGGCUCAAUCGCAGCAACACGUGUCGUUCGAAGACAAUAUAGUCAGAGAGAACAUUCAUGAGAUAUCUCGUGCUGAAGAAGAAUCUAUGAAUAGAGCGCGAUUGCAUGAUACGCCUGAAGGGAGCCUCGUACACAGACCUUAUGAUACUACCAGUGAUCACACAUCUCCCAACUCUAUCCAAAAUCACCUUGAACCACAUACUCCAAUUCAACCUGCCGGUGGAAAUAUGGGCUCGAGACCUGGUUUUAACAGCGCUCGUUCUGUACCUGGUCAGAUUGGGUAUUAA